AUGCCCACGGCAAGUGGGUCUCGAGACGCCAUUGCGGUUCCUGCGGACGUGGCUGAUCAGCUCAAUUCCGCGUAUACCUUCAUGGUCCAGAUGAUCAUUAUCAGCUUCUGGAUCAUCCUGAUUCUCGCCGGCGUGGUCCUAUUCCUCGGCAAAGACAAGCAUAGCCAUAACAGCGGGGUGAUUUGCACGGGCAUCUGGAACGCGAAAGGGUCCCCAGGCGCAGUCUUUAGCCUUACUACUGCCUAUAUCGCGAAGAUCAAGGACCGACGAUGGUGGCAGCUACUUCUCUGGACCGUCCUCGCCCUGGGUUUCGUGGUCGCCACCUACGAGGCGCACGGGAAGAAAUUGGAAGGAUCUGGUGCUGGAAGAGACAUGGGAACAUCCAACGUAGCAUUGUGUACUUAG